UAGCACGCAACAAUAAAGGGAAUCCAUGUCCCAUAUUUUCCACAGGGUCCGGAACAGCGCUUUCACAUCACACUCCAUCCUCCCUCAGAUUGCACACCUUUGCGGAUGAGGCUGUUUGGGCUGCUGCCUCUCGCCGGCGCCGCCCUGCUCCUGCUCGGCAUGGCCGGCGGCGUGCAGCCGACCGUCACGCGGGAGGCGUUCGACUCCAUGCUGAGCGCCCGCAACGUGAGCGGGUGCGAGGGAGGCGCCUUCUACACCUACGACGCGUUCCUGGCGGCGGCGAACGCGAGCGUGUUCCCCGGCUUUGGCACCACCGGCGAUGACAAGACCCGCCGGCGGGAGCUCGCCGCCUUCUUCGGGCAGACCUCCUUCGUAACCACUGGUUACUGCUACGUGAAGGCGGUGAACCGGGCCAGCGCGCCCUACUACGGCCGAGGCCCCAUACAACUGACUACCGAGGACAACUACCGGCUGGCAGGGAGGGCGCUGGGGCUGGACCUGCUGCGCAACCCGGACCUGGUGUCCACGGACCCCGUCGUCGCCUUCAAGACGGCCAUCUGGUUCUGGAUGACGGCGGCGGCGCCGAGUCCGUCGUGCCACGCCGUGAUGACCGGCGGCUGGACGCCCUCCGCCCAAGACCGCGACGCCGGGCUGCUCCCCGGGUACGGCAUGACCACCUACAUCCUCAACGGCGGGACGGAGUGCAACAGAACCUCCCAGGCGGCCCAGGACAGGGUCAACAACUACUACAAGAAGUACUGCGACAUCCUCCGAGUGGGCUAUGGUAACAACACCUUCUGUCAGAACGACGAGCUAGCUCAACCACCAUCGUCGUCUCUGCACCCUCCUCCUCCUCCUCCAGGAACCCCAGGAGAACCUUCGCCUCCGCCUGCAUCAAGGAGUGUUCUGAUCGGCGUCUCUAGUUCAGUCUCCCUCUUGAUCAUUAUCGGCUCCUUGAUCUGCUUCCUUUUAUGGCGGCGACGGACACGGCGGCGAAAGCAAGCUGAAAUCCGUGAGGAGGCAAUGGAGCAUGGAUCGGAAGAGGGCAACUUCUUCGACGUUGACCAGGCCAUGGAAGACGACUUCGAGAAAGGGGCCGGGCCCAAGCGGUUUCGCUACAGAGACUUGGUCGUCGCCACCGGCAACUUCUGUGAUGAUAACAAGCUCGGACAAGGAGGCUUCGGUUCAGUGUACAGAGGGUUUCUAAAUGAACUGAACCUUCAAGUUGCCAUCAAGAGGGUCUCCAAGGGCUCAAAGCAGGGGAGGAAGGAGUACGCCUCUGAGGUGAGGGUCAUAAGCCGGCUCCGGCACAAGAACCUCGUGCAGCUCAUCGGCUGGUGCCACGAAGGCGGCAAUCUGCUCCUCGUCUACGAGUUGAUGCCCAAUGGCAGCCUCGACCGGCAUCUCUACGGCGCCAAUAACGUCGUGCUCCCAUGGUCCGUAAGGCACGAGAUUCUGCUCGGACUAGGCUCGGCGCUUCUCUACCUACACGAGGACUGGGACCAAUGCGUCCUGCACCGGGACAUCAAGCCAAGCAACAUCAUGCUAGACGCGUCGUUCAAGGCCAAGCUCGGCGACUUCGGGCUCGCCAAGCUCGUCCAGCACGGCCGAAGAUCACUGACAACAGAUUUCGCAGGCACGAUGGGGUACAUGGACCCGGAGUGCAUGACCACCGGCAAGACCAAUCCCGAGUCAGACGUCUAUAGCUUCGGCGUCGUCCUCCUCGAGACUGCUUGCGGCAGGCGGCCUGUGGUGGUAACUCAGCGGGAGGAGGACGCCGUCCACCUAGCUCAGUGGGUCUGGGAUCUGUAUGGCAAGGGGAGGAUCCUGGACGCCGCCGACGAGCGAUUGGGUGGAGAGUUUGAUGCGCAGGAGAUGAAGCGGGUGAUGAUCGUUGGGCUCUGGUGCUCUCAGCUCGACUUCAAAAUGAGACCGCCGAUCAGGCAGGCCGUCAACGUGUUGCGGUCAGAGGCGCCGCUCCCGAGUCUCCCUGCGCUGAUGCCGGUCGCAUAUUACAUGCCGCCGGUUGCCACGCGAAGCUUUACGUCUUCGUCUGUAACGAGCGGCAGCAGCGGUGGCACUUCUACGUCAUCGAUGGCAGCAUCAGCGCGGCCACCACUCGGUCAAGAUUGAUUGUAGGUAGUAGAAUUUUUCUAUGACAGGCUUGUGUUGUUUCGAUGGAGCUUUGGAGAGGAUUGUCUAGCAUAUCUACCUAUUCAACCGAGCUAGAUUCGGUGGCUUUGUUAGAUUGGUGGCUUGAGCAAAAAGGAGCGGCGAUGACAAAUGCAGAAAAAGGGAAGAUGAAGAUGGCUUGCUCGAUAAACCUGGCUUUACCUUCUCAGAUACAGUCGGGAGAGAGCUUAAAUUUGUGCUGACUGUCGCUACUCGUUUGGGUUUCAUUGCAAUACAAUGGAGCCGGGGCUUGGAUCGGAUGCCCUUUUCCUCUAAAAUAAAGUCGUUGUAGCGGAAUCGCUUGGGACCAGUCCCCUUCUCGAAGUCGUCUUCCAUGGCCCGAUCGUCGUCGACCAAGUUGCCCUCGUCCAGCCCUUGCUGACGGAUCUUCUCCCGCUUUCGCUGCUGCCGCCGUACAAGGAACCAAAUCAAGGCGAUGAGAAGGAUCAAGAACAACACAGAACCGACCGAAAUGCUGAUCAGAAGCCCAGUCUUGGGAGGAGCCGGAGAUUCUAAUAAGCCCGCAAAGAUAACUGACCUCCCAGAGUUUGCGCACAUCACUUCAUGCUCAUGUCUUUAUAGCAGAGGUGUACUACCAUUCUCUUUGCAUAGUUUGCAGAUGGGCUGGGUGGACCCUCAAGACCCGUGAACUCGUCGACACGCGGCCGAGAGUGCACUGAUUGGUACGGGGCCCUGAUGCUCCCUCUCCGGCCGGCACUUAUUUGUUUCACUGUGCUAAUGGAGCCCUUUCACUCUUUUUAUCCAUUUUGAUGACAAGCAUUUUCGGACGGAGGGAGUACUGGUCUAUGCAGCAGUGCAUUUUUCUCCUAUGGUGUCCCUUCACGAGUUCACUGUGAAGAAAAGGCCGAUUAAGUUCAGUGCGAAAAAGUGAGAACCAAUCAAGCCCACUGUCAAGAAAGAUUGUACAGUACAGACACUCCAAUCUUACAAUUUACUUAUGAAAAUCGAGUGGAAACACUCAUUUCUGGAUAAUGAAAAAAAAACAUGGUUUUCAUGGAAGCUACGGCAUUAGCUUAAGCAUUAUGCCUGAUUAUAGCUUUUAAAAAUGUCAUAUAUAUAUAUAUAUAUAUAUAUAUAUAUAUAGACCCAAAAAAUAAUGCAUCA